AGCCCCGGAUGGACAAGCAAUAGUAUUUAAGCAACCGUCUUUGAAGUUCUAACAAAUGAGAGCAAUGGGCAAGACAUCACCUUAUGUUGUUUCCUUUCUCGUAAGGUUUAUCUAUGGGGUUAUGCAGAUACUCACCAAAGUUGCUUUUAACCAAGGUACAAGUACAUACGUUCUUGUUUUCUACAGGCAUGUAAUAGCUACAAUGGUGUUACUCCCCAUUGCUUUUGCAACUGAAAGGAAAACUGCCCCACAACUGUCACAGAAAGUCUGUCUGAAGCUAUUUGUGCAUGCACUAUAUGGGGUGUCUGCUUCUCUAAACAUAUCGUUUGUUGGCCUCAGUUAUGCUUCAGCAACUUCUGCUUCUGCAGUACAAAAUAUCCAACCAGUGUUAACUUUCUUUUUGGCUCUUCUGUUAGGAAUGGAGUCCUUGAAACUAAGGAGCUUCCAUGGGAUUGUGAAAGUUUCUGGUAUAGUGCUUUGUGCCAGUGGUGUUGCCGUACUAGCGCUAUACCAAGGACCUGAGCUCAAAUCUAUCAUCCCCCACCCUCUUUUUCAUCACACAAGUCAAGUUGAUAUCCAUCCCUCAAGGAGCUGGGUACUGGGAAUUCUCUUGCAGGCUCUUGCAACUCUACUGUUUGCUCUUUGGACGGUGUUUCAGGGCCCUUUGCUGGAGGAGUAUCCGUCCAAGUUGCUUAACACGACCCUGCAGAUUUUCUUUGCGACCGUUCAAUCUUUUUUUAUGGCUCUUGUGAUGGAGAGAGAUUUUUCAAGAUGGAAGCUGAGACUGGAUGUAGGCCUUGUCGCGAUCGUCUAUUGUGGCAUAGUUGUUUCCGCAUUUUCAAAUUACCUGCUGAUCUGGUUAAUUGGCAAGUGCGGCCCGGUAUUCCUGGCCAUGACAGUACCCCUAACUUUUGUUAUCACCAUUGUUCUGUCACUUCUCAUAGGAGAAGCAGUCACCCUUGGAAGCAUAAUAAGUGGCGUGCUGAUGGUCGGUGGUCUGUACAAUGUUCUCUGGGGGAAGAGGAUAGAGCAAGUAGCUCUCAGCAAGCAAGGAGGCAUCGAAGCAAAUGCAGCAAGCUUUGAUUUGGAGGAACAAGAAAGCGGCGCACCAGAACCAGCUCCAUUAACGCGAGAUUCGAUCAAGCGGUGUGAAAGAGAAGACUGAUGUGUGGCAAGCUUUAAAACUCCGAGCAGCAAGCUUUCUUAUUAGGCAUCUGCCUCAAGCGAUCCCCCAUUAGGCAGCUGUAGGAUCGUUUGACUUGGAGAUUGUGGGGAGUGGUAGAGCAAUGGGUUCUCUUCCUAUCUUAGUUCAAGUGCAUACAUAGGCAGAGAUACAUGAACUUAGUAGUCAAAACUCAGACAAUUAAGUUCUAGCUUGAGUUUCACGGGUUAGUUAAAUUUGUACUAGCAUGUCGCUUUAGCGGGCCUUAGUGGAAUGUCGCUCUGCAUCCUUAUAUGUAAUCACGACAAUACAUGCUUCGACUGUGAGCAACUGUAAUCGUUUUCUUUAUUAGUGCUAAGUUUUACAGAUGUUGUUCUAGAUUCUGACUUU